CAAGCUUCACACCAGAGGCGUUCCAUGACGCUACGCUAGGACACUGCGGCCGGUAGUCAUGAGUCGCGUGUCUACAAAUUCUAGAGACGGCUCUGUCUUUGAAUAGUCGCAGACAGUAGGUAAAUAGAGAGCAAGCGAGGUAAUAAUGAAGAUGCCUAAAUCCGCAAAGGGACUGAAUACGGAUCAUAUUCGUGAUGAAUGCCUCUAUCCUAAUCUCGAAUUUACCGUCCAAGUAUUCGGGGAUAUAACGGUGGCUCGCGUGCAAGUAGAAACAUUUCUGGAAGAUGUUCGGUCACGCUUCAUCUCGGCCUACGAAUUUAAACAGCUCAUGCCCAAGCCACCUGCUAAACACUACGAAGAUGAAUCUUAUCUUUUAAUUUAUGCCUUGACAGUUACCCACAAACUGGCUACUUACGCGCUGACGCGAUAUCGCCUUUUGCUUCACUGGUGCAUGCGCUCGAGGUUAUGGGUCUUCCCGUCGGAUCAAAGGGCUGUCAACUGGGAUCGUUCACACACCCUGCACAAUACCAUUAUCUCCAUCGGUAAUCUUGUCGGACCGUCAAUAUUUAUGGAACACAAUGUUUUGGGGACUGCAACGACAAUCCUUGAGCAUUCAACCCAGAGUCUGGACAUUUUCAUGGAUCGACAAACGGCAGGAAUGUUGAGACUUUCGUUACGCUAUAAUCAGGUUCGACGACUGCUGGUCUACGUAAUAGACUCGACACAUGCUGACCUGUUUUUCCAGCUGAAAAGCGUAGCUCUUAUGUCCCAUGUCGACGCUCGGCAACUUGGUAGCCAACAGAGGGCCGCACGAAUCGGCCGUCUUGAAUUGCAGCUAGAAGAUAUAGGCAUGAUGCAAAGACUGCACGAUCUACAAAUCAUUUGUGGUCCUGAAGCACCUUCGUCGACCCAUUUUGGUGUUUGUCUCACCAUGCGAAUACAUGUCCAUUGUUCAACCGAGGUAAUGAUCAACAUGCUGUCCCGCCUGUCGCGCAAACUUUUGGCCUACGGCGAGGUAGCCUUUUGUAACGUAGAUCGACGUGUGCUCGCGCUGCCAUGGGCAUUCGAUGCCCACUGGCGGCAGAAUCUCAUCCAACAGCUUUCAACGUUUGACAACCAGUAUGCGGUGUGUGCCAUCUUCGCCUGGAGCAACGAGGCAAGUGCUACUGGAUAAAGUUUGACCGAAUUUUCA